UUCUCUCCAUCUCCUUCCUUGUUCUUCUUUCUCAAUUUAGCUUCUUCUCGCUGGCAUGCGUCAUUCCUUUGGAUAUUUCUCCGGGUUCUGCGAUGCGAUGUUAGGGUUCUUGCUUUCCGUGUGAAAUCUUUAUUGUCCGAUUCGUCGUCUCUCUAGUUAUUUCGUUCUACUCUUUUUGCUUUCGUAUCGAUUUCCCUUAGAUCUUGCGUCUGUCGGAUCGGAUUUUGAAGAUUAGGGUUCUUCGUCUGUUGUGGGUCUAGGGUUUCGAAGAGCAUCGAUAUAAUGCCUUCGGUACCCUUUGAGCUAAUCCUCCUCGAUUUGGUUCCUUCGUUGACUUUUUAUCACUCUGGUUUGUGUUCCCAUCGUCUGAAACCUCUUCAGAAGAGUGAUUGGCGUGGUAAUCUUAGUUAACGUUGUUCUUGAAUCGUUCCUUUUUCUCUUCGAUCUUUGGUUUUUUUCCCUUUUUUUUUAUCGUCGUUUGGUUCCUGGUGACUUUUGUCAGCUCGGUUCUAUCAUCAAAGUAGAAAAUUCGUGAUCUUAAUCUCACCGUUGGAAGCGAAUCGCCGGGCAUAGAAUCGGUCUCGAGUAUUGAUUUUCUAGCUUCUGGGGCACUCGAUUUGAACCUAAAAAGUUCUGCUCUGAAUACAUUUAGCUUCAAUUGGAUAUGAGCUCCAUUUCUGGAAAUUCGGGCUACAGAGAUGCAGAUACACACCUUGAGAACCCGAUUUCGAGCUCAACAAAAUGCUCUGAUGGCUCGAAGCUUCAUCCUUCCUUCACUGGCUCUGAAGAUGCUCAGGAGUCUGACGGGGAUGAUUCCGGUUAUAUACACCAAACUGUGAAUGAAGUGUAUGAAAAAAAGGAAACCGGAAAAUUCGUUUCAGGUUGUUUAUCUCUCAAGUCUUCAGAUGAAGAAGACGAAGGUUUGGCAGCUGCAUUGCAGCAAAUGUUUUCUGAGACUCAGACACAAGUGAUUCUCAUCCCUGCGAUAAAAGGCAGUCGGGAGAAGCACGGUCUCUCGCCGAGGAAACUGAACGUGUCGUGGGCGGAGGAUGUGUAUGAUCCCCCGCCUUCGAUUAUGUCUCACACGAGGGGCAAGAGACAGAAUCAGCCAAAAUCAAAGGCCAAAGACAAUAACCACAAGAAAAACGGGAAGAAAGGGCAUAAGGGAAGCAGCAACUCUUCUUCUCGUGGGGGCAAAGACAAGAAGCAGUCUUCUCGGAAACAUGGAAAUGGAAGUGGUAGCAGAGACAAGUUUCAGAUGCGCAUUGCGGUGGCAUGUUCCUGAAGAAUCAUAACAGCUCCGCCAUUGUUCACCUCUCUCUCUCUCUCUCUCUCUCUGUGUGCUUUUUUCCUAUUAUGAGUGUGUAUGUGUAUAAAUAAAUCUUAAGACGGGCGUGGAGUAUGUUGUUGGGAAGUGUGUUUAUUUCUUUUUGUUUAAACUCUGUCAAGCUUUUGCUAUUGAGGAUGUCGGAUUUGGUCUGUGUA